AUGUCGUUCCCAGCUAUUUUUCGAUGGCUUGUAUCUGCCAUAACAGCACCACAUUCAAAAAUCCGGGGACUGUCUGCACUCCUUCAAUCGCCUGCAAGCAGCCCCAAGAAGGAUGACUACCAUAUCCAACAGGAGAAUAUAAUAAAACUCCUCAAAGGAAGUUCAUAUACAAUCCCUCAUCUUGAGGAAGUCCUUGAAGGAUGGUAUAUGGGAGUCAACCCGGCGUAUGACAAGAUAAAAGCUGAGGAGGGAGAAUUCUUGAAAAAAUGGAUCGAAAGACACAACUUGAGAGAGAUGGCAGUCAAGGUUGACUUAAGUUUAUGCAUUGCUUGUUUUUUCCCUCGAACAACGGAAGAAAAAUUGCAAGUUCUCUUCGAGAAGAUGGCAUGGCAGGACCCCGCUGCUUUCGUAAAAUACUGGCUUGACCCGAGCCGCAGCGGCCCAGAGCCAUAUGUUCUCCCAAGCUGCAUCAUCUAUCGUACCGUUGGUCCCAAGCUUGCUGUGGGUUGGUCAAACGAAUCCAAGGUCCAGUUUCAAAAGACGACAGUUGAAUAUAUUGACUGCUUAAUGGAAGUUAGCAAACAGCGAGAGAAAUACUUACCGUCACUGGAUGAAUACAUUGAAGGAAGGAUAAUCAAUAUCGGGGUCUAUCCAACACUUGACUUGAUACCGUAA